ACGUUGUCUAUACAACUUCUCAAGAUAUUUUAAAAUGUUUCAUUUAUACAACUUGUAAUCCGAUUCAAUACUGUACAACAUUUGAUCAAGUUUAGUGAUUUGUAUAAUAUUAACGAUUCGUUAGUAUUUGAAAGUCAUUCGUUUGUCGAAUGUGUUGCGGAACACAUUUGCUAGGAUUUUAGAGGUUAUCUUCAGUGCUCCAAAUUUCUUUUCGUCGUCCGCAUAUUGGUUUAUUCAACUGAAACGGAUCAACGGAUAUGGUCUUUUGGGACACCGUGUAUAUUCGUAGGGUGCGUAUAUAUGUGUGUAGUGGUCAUUAAAGAAACUCAGUCUGAGCAAGAUGGCCGGCCGGAUCAGUUCGGCCUUCUAUUACUCCGCGCUUGUUUUUCAUUUAAUACUGUUAACGAGUUCGAAUAAUGGGGAGAGAUACGGUGACAAAGCAACGACGCUUCACAUUACGGAGGACCAUGACUCGUUUGGAUACAAACGGCCACUUAUCAUCAACCGGAAUGAAGAUUUUUUGGAUGAUGCCAGCGAAACGUCAUUUGGUCGUAACCGCAGGGAUGUCCCUUCAAUGAAUUCAAAUAAUAAACCGAACAUCGUGACGAAGGUUAAUGCUUUGAAUGAUUCACAUCAACAAUUGAUGGUGCAUUGGGUAGGUGAAGGAUCUAAUGUAAUAAUAUGUCUGGCAAGAGAUAGCGCACCUACGAUACGACUUCAAGGAAGUAAGGUUCCGGUACCCACCAAUCCUAGUGCUGUAUAUAUAAGUUACGAUUAUGGCGAUACAUUUGUGAACAAAACUGAAGAGUUUAAGAUUUCUUCUGAACCUAAUGCAUCGUAUGCAACUUUGGACAAGUUUAUCAAUCAUCCAAAAUAUUACAAAUAUUGUGUCUUUGUAGACAGUUCAAAUAGUUUAAUUUUCAUUACGCGUAACAAUAGCGAAUUUAUUCUACGAGUGGCAGUACCAUUCCAUCCAAGCGAAAUUUCAUUUUAUGAAAUGAAUCCUACAUUUCUUGUCGCUCUCGACAAAGUCGAUAGUAUGCGCAGAUUAUGGGUAUCGGUAAAUAUGGGACUCUCAUGGGUGACAUUGUACCAUUAUGUGAAAGCAUUCUUUUGGUCCUCUACAUCUACUUUAGUCGUCGAACGUAUAGAACCUUCUGGAUCGAAUACUGUUUUGGAAUUACCUUUGUUACAACUAUGGUAUCCAAUGUCUCGCUAUCGAUCGGAAAUGAGAAUGUUCAAUAGAUCAUUUACAGUUGUAAUGACAAAUGUUGAAGAUUUCCAAAUUAGAGGCGACUAUAGAUUUGCAACAUCGAAGAAUACAAAGAAUGGAUCGGAAAGCUUAGAUCUUUACGUGUCUUACAAGAAUAAUAGCUUUAUUAAGGCUGAAUUCAAUACAGAGUUACCUUGUAAAAAUUAUCACAUCGUCGAUGUUUCACAUAAUAGAGUCUUUGUUGCGGCUGCUCACAGUGAAACCCAAGUCAAUCUUUAUAUAUCAGAAGUCAUAGAUCAGAAGCAGGCAACAUUCGUAUUAUCUCUUGAUGGAAUUCUUACAUUUUUCCCGAACAACACUUGGAAAGACAGUUGGUUAAACGAUGUAGCCGAUGAGGCAUUUACAGACUUGUAUAAGGUUGAAGGUCUUCGUGGUAUUUACAUAGCAUCGCAAGUAAAAGGAACACCGAAAUCAGGCUCUAUCGGACCAGAGAAUCUAGUAUCGUUGAUAACAUUCGACCAUGGAGCAACAUGGAAUCGCAUCAAACCACCACUAGCGAAUCACGAAGGGUUCUAUAUUCACUGUUCAGAAUCGUGUUCAUUGCACCUGAGUCAACGUUUCAGUCAGUUGUAUCCCGUGACAAGAUCAGUGUCGAUUAUGAGUUCCAAGUCCGCUCCUGGUAUUAUAAUGGCUACCGGAGUAAUAGGACCAAAUCUUAAAGGUCAUCCUGCUCUUUACGUGUCCAGAGAUGCUGGACUUACGUGGAAACAAGUCCUUAAGGACUAUUAUUUCUUUAAUAUGGGUGAUCAUGGCGGUCUUUUGGUAGCUGUCAAGUAUUUCAAGUCACGCGGCGAGACGAGCGAUCUUUCUUAUUCUGUCGACGAAGGUGAAACCUGGCAAUCGUACAAGUUUAAUGAAAAAAUGUUACGGGUAUACGGAUUAAUGACCGAACCUGGAGAAAACACGACGGUGUUUACGAUGUUUGGUUCAGACAGCGGACAGCAUCAAUGGUUGAUAAUUAAAGUUGACUUGCGGAAUGUAUUCGAAAGAGAUUGCACCAAGGAUGAUUUUAAGUUCUGGUCUCCAACGAGUACAGAGAACAGUACAACAGAUUUGCCGGUGAUGGCGUGUGUCUUGGGCCGAAUGGAGACUUAUCAGAGAAGAGCGGCACAAGCAAAGUGUUACACGGGCGUGGAUUAUGAUCGUCCGAUAAAAACGGAAAUAUGCCUGUGCGAUUACAAUGACUACGAGUGCGAUUUUGGGUUCGUGCGAGAUUCCUACCAUUGCGUUCGCGACAAGACCAUCGUUCUUCACGAUCCUUACGCUGUGCCAAGCGACUGCAAACCUGGAGAAUUUUAUAAUCGAACGAAAGGAUACGUAAAAAUAGCCGAUGACGAGUGCAUCGGUGGUUUAGCUAGAAAUUUUGAGCCAGAUGAAAUUCCGUGUCCUAUUGGAGAAGAGUCGGAGUUUUUGUUGGUGGCUCAACGAGAACAUAUAUCGCGGAUCAGUUUGGUAGGAGAGAGAUUAGAUAAGUUGCCGGUUCACGACUUAAAAAAUGUGAUAGCCAUAGAGUACGAUAUGAAAAAUAAUUGUUUGUAUUGGGCGGAUAUUGUGAAUGACACGAUUGGUAGACAAUGUUUCAAUAAUGGCAUGAGUGCUCCUGAAAUUCUAGUAGAAACCGACUUGAGUUCCGUAGAAGGAAUGGCGCUGGACUGGGUAUCGAAUCUUCUGUACUUUGUGGAUGGUGUUAAGAUGCGGAUUCAAGUGAUCAGGACAAAUAUAUCAACUAUGGGAAGAAUGCGAAGAACAAUUCUCGGUCCUAACAAUCUGCAAAAACCCAGAGGUAUAGCAGUUCAUCCAAUGAACGGUUACAUGUUUUGGACCGAUUGGGCUCCAGGCAAUGCCUCUGUUUCGAGGGCUAAUCUUGAUGGAACGGACGUUAAACGGUUAUUCGUAGAGCCAACCGUUGAAUGGCCAAAUGGAAUAACGAUAGACCAUAUAGCAGAACGAAUUUAUUGGGUAGAUGCCAGGCAGGAUUAUAUCGGGUCCAGCGACUUCGAUGGUAAGAAGUUCAAAAAGGUGAUUUCGAAGAAUGGCCGCGUAUCGCAUCCUUUUGCUGUCGCGGUAUUCAAGGACAAUAUGUAUUGGGAUGAUUGGAAGCAGUCGAUGAUAUUCGUCGCGGACAAGAAUCAAGGUUUAGGCAUAAACAUUAUUAUCGGUCAACUGUCUGGUUUGAUGGAUCUGAAGGUAUUCGGACACAGUACACAGGUUGGCACCAACGCUUGCACCAACAGUACCUGUUCGCACAUUUGCGUUGGAGCACCUCACGGUGGUUACGUCUGUCUUUGUCCGGACGGAAUGGAGAUGGUCGAGGAAAAAUGCAUGUGUCCAGGUAAUAUUCCACCCUUCUCAAACUCCACGUGUCCACGAGUCGCUAGAACCUGCGCGGCAAAUCAAUUCGCAUGUCAUAACGACGUUUGCAUCCCUGCAUUUUGGCGUUGCGAUGGCGACAACGAUUGCGGUGACAACUCGGAUGAGAUUCACUGCAACAGGACUACGUGUAGCUCGAACAGUUUCGAGUGCGACGAUAACAAAUGCAUUUCAAAGUACUGGGUUUGUGAUCUGGAUAAGGAUUGUAAAGACGGCAAAGACGAAAUGAAUUGCAAGUACUCAAAUUGUACAGAGUCUGAAUUUAGGUGCUACAAUAGUAGAUGUAUAUCGCAUAGGUGGGUAUGCGAUGGCGAGGAUGAUUGUCGGGAUGGCUCUGACGAGUUGUCUUGCAAAGGAAAAACAACACCGAGUACCUGCAGAUCCGACGAGAUUCUCUGUAAAUCCGACCAAACGUGCAUACCAACUGGUUGGAAGUGUGACGGAGAGCAUGAUUGCACGGACGGGAUGGACGAGGCAGAUUGCUCCAAUAUGGUUUGCGAGAAUUGGCAAUUUACGUGUAAUAUGUCACUGGUUAAACAUCGAUGCAUUUAUAAAUCUUGGGUGUGCGACGGUGAUAUGGAUUGCACUGAUGGUUCGGACGAGGUGAACUGUACCGUUACGGUUCCUCCGGCGCCAUUGACUCCGACGCAGAUCACAAAUCUUUGCAACCCCUGGAUGUUCAUGUGCAACAAUAAGAAGUGCGUACCUUACUGGUGGAAAUGCGACAGCGUAAAUGACUGCGGUGAUGAUUCCGAUGAGAUGGGUUGCGGGUAUCCCGAGGAAGUCGACGCUUCUACUAUCGUAUCCAUUACCGAACAAACCAAAGUUUGCGGAGACCAUCAAUUCCAAUGCCUAAACGGUAAAUGUAUACAGGACGCGUGGGUAUGCGACGGCUCGAACGAUUGUCCGUCUGGGGAAGACGAGGUGCACUGCGACGGAGUUCAGGUUACCUGCAGAGAAGGCCAGUUCAUGUGUCGCAUGGAUGGUUCUUGCAUACCUAUAAAAGAUGUCUGUAACGGUAUAGAAGAGUGUCCCGAUGGUAGCGACGAGUUAGGCUGCCCAGGUGAACAACAUUCUAGUCUAGCGGCCACUCCGUCCUGUUUCGUAGGUCUGUUUCCUUGCGACGAGACGCGUUGCUUUCCCUUGUCAGCUUACUGUAACGGGCAUCAAGAUUGUUUGGAUGGCUUCGAUGAGAACAACUGCGAGAAGAACAGCUCUCGCGUUUACCAGGUUCUCGUGAUGGGAGUUGACGAACGAUCAGUGAAUGCUACCGGUUUCAUCUUGUUUUGGUGGAUCCCGGUACCUGCAAAUGUGACUUUUGAGUUUCUACCAUCUAUAUCGCUUGCGGAACCUGGCGCAAACUGGACCAACGCUACCAAAUGGAUCGAAGACAUGGAAUAUCAGUUUAACAAUCUUCAGCCUUAUACUCGCUACAAUGUAACGGUUCACGUUAGACUAAAGGGACAAUCGAACGUUUUCCCGCCAGCGAAAUAUCAGAUUGUUACGACUAAGCCAGGUACUCCUUCGGAACCACGAAACGUCACCGUUGUGCAGGGUAAUGGAACUUGCGUCGAAGUCAGUUGGCUGCCACCUCUGCAUCCGAAUGGACCAAUCAUCGGUUACGAAGUUUACGUUGCACCACCUAUGCCGCCCAUGCGAUUCUUUAGACUAGGACAGCAGACGUCAGCGACUAUCUAUAUGCCUUUCGUGGCAAGUAGGAAUUAUUCGUUUUGGGUAGUAGCCAAAAACGAGUUUCACGAGUCUACUUUAUUCAAUGUGGUAACCUUAACUUUUGACGGGUCUGCAAACAUAGACGACAUCGAAGGUCUUAAAGUUGUCUCAACCACGAAUCACUCGGUCACCUUAGCUUGGAAGCCAUUGAAGGACGUCGAUGGAUAUCAUAUUACUCCUAAGGCUCCUGCUACGUAUCCCUCGUUAAAAAUGGUCGCAACGUUGAAUAAUCAGAUAGAAGUCACUAAAUUGGCCCCAGGAACUAAAUACACAUUUGAGAUUAGUGCUGUAAAGAAGAAGUAUGUUGGAAAGCCUACCACCGUAUCUGCAGUUACGGAUGGUACACCUUUACCAUUGGUGACGACACUUGUUGCUCAAUUAGUUAAACUUCAAGGAACAACUGUGAAAUUGUCUUGGGAUCCACCAAAGAGCCUGCGGAAGAUCAAGUGGCAGUAUGCGAUUCAUUACGCUGUCGAAAUAGUGGAAUUUUUUAAAGAUUACAAGCUUCUCACCACGAACUUGUCAGCUACCAUUAAGGAUUUGGAAGCUUGUGAAUACUACAUGUUCGCGGUUGGUGUUAAUGGAGAAUAUGGUGCGGGUCCUUUGAGUACACCGGUUUCAAUAUUCACGCAUUUCAAUCAACGUGCUCCACCGAAGAAAUUGAGGGUUGCGUCGACGAGUAGACCCGAUAGCAUAAUCAUUUCAUGGAGUGCAAGUUGUCCCACGAUUGACGAACCUAUCAAGUACACGAUUACUGUGACAGAGAUGACGCUCAACAAACGUUUUGUUGUUACUUUACCACCAACAAACGAAACGAUCGUAAAACACACUUUUAAUUCGAUAAAAUAUGGUGGCAAGUAUCGGAUCGUUAUAGCAACGGAUGUUGAUAACGCUAUACAAAGUCAGCCGGUUAUCUACACGGCACCUACGAUCUCGCCACCUCAUCAAUUGAAAGUUCUUCAUGAGAAUGAGCGCUACGUUAUCUUUUGGCAACAGCAAAAUGUACCGGAAAGUCUUAUAACUACGAACUAUCAUUACGAGAUCCUGGUGGUGGAAGGAUCGAACAAGAUGAACGAAUCGAUUGCUAAAGUUUACAAGAUCGAUCAGCCACCGUACACUUACAAGGAUGUUAAGUCAGAUACGAUUUAUACUUUUGCUGUUCGUUUGGUCACCCACGAAGGCUAUCAGAGUCCUUUAAGCGAGAUUUAUAGCGUCCGGAAAUCUGCGGAGACAAUGUUACCAGUGAUGAUGAACCCGUCGAAUAUCUUAUCUUUUGCGAUACCGAUCUGUUUACUAAUCGUGGCCCUAGGUUCCGCAUUGGCUUACUUCAUCAUAAGACACAGAAAGUUGUCUAAUACUUUCACGCAGUUUGCCAAUAGUCAUUACGAUACUAGACGUGGACAAGCGACUUUUCCAGGAACUACAGACGGUUUAGAAGAAGAAGACAGUCCUGUGAUACGAGGCUUCUCUGACGAUGAACCGUUGGUAAUUGCAUGAACAGGGGAUACACACAACAUCUGCCGUACAGUACACUUACUUACGCUUUUACACGUACACAAACAUACAUACACAGAGAGAAGAUACGUAACAGAAUCGAUAGGAGCAGUAUACGUGUAUACGUACAUGGGUAUAAAGAUAAUGUUUACAUGUAGGAGGAAUGUGCCAAUUCACUAUUAUUAAUAUGAUAACUUCGAGUAUAUAUACAUAUGUGUAUAUAUAUAUACAUAUGUGUAUAUAUAUAUACAUAUACACACACAUACCCAUACACACACACAUAGGUAAAGACCUGAUCAUAAAAGUGGGAAGCUUUUAUGAAAGUGGCUCAAGACUGACACACUUCAUUAAUCGCAGUAAAUACAGAUAGAUUAGACUGGCUGCUUAGAGCACUUACAUGAAAGCUUUUGCGUAUCGAUACCUUACGUUGUGUAGAGAUCUAAUUAUACAUGUACAUGAUAUUGAUUAGUAUACGGAAAGUUAAGUUUACGUCGUAUCGGCGGGGCCGCAGAGAUGGAAACUGUUGUUUGAUAUACCUGUAAAAGUCGGACAAUGUAUGAGAGGGUUGAAGAGAGAAGAGAGAAUAAUCUGUACAUAUAGUAAAUAUUUUGUACCGAAUCGCAGAACCUAUGAACAUUUUCGAGAUGUACACGAUUACGUUCACACGGAUUUCUACUGUAUAUGCAUAACGAGGAAAUCAUGUAUGUUCUGACGAAGUUCUUAUAUCGUCUAUGCUUUGAAAUAUUUUUACCGACAGCGGAGUCCCGUUGGGUUUACCAUUUUGAGAAAUUUUUCUUGUCUAAAGUCGGCAUUUAUACGAGCGAAUUUGCUCUAGAUCUUUUUACUUUUUUGUAAUAAAUCUUUUUUAUGUAACACACAAACACACGAAUAAGCUUAUUCAUACUUUUAAGAAGAAUACACGAAGCUUGUGGCAGCGGUGAAAGUUCCGUUAGUUUAAUCGUUUCAGUAUAAUAACGACGAUGAUUGGUGACUAUACUUAGGUCGUGUCUUACUAAGGAAGAAAGCAGUUCGGAUCACUUUUUUGUCUAAUACCUAUUGAUAAAAAAUAUGUAAUAAUAUAUAAAAAAGAUGUAUUUUUUAAGCAUACCGAUCGAGAAACAGUGCAACUUUUAUGUUCCGCUUUGAACAGAGUUCACUCGACCCGCACUGUUCACAGUUGUAUUAGAACGGAACAACAUUUGAAUUUAUUGUACAGAUUAUUUUUGAACAUGUGGCUAGUACUACUGUAGAGAUGAAUUGGGAACUUGAAAGUACAAUAAAAUUUCAUGUAAAAGUUCCACUUUAAAGUCUUCUUUGCGGUUCAUCGAAUGGUUAUGUACCUUUAACACGUCGAUAAAUGUUUCGGGCACUUCUUUUAUAUGUACACAUGUCUUUUUUAAAAUGUCAGAGAAAACAUUCAAGCAGCAUCUUUGUAGUACUAGCCUCAUAUUGAGAAACAGUCUGUAGAUGUAAAUAAUAAAUACAUGAAGCGGU